AUGUCCGCUCCUCAAACUACCGCCAAAGGUUAUGGUAUCUCAGAUACCAAGAAAUACACUGAUUUCUCUGUGAAAGAAUAUAAAUUGAAGACUGCAUCCAAAGACGAUGUCACGCUCGAUAUCGAGUUCUGCGGUGUAUGCGGAAGUGAUGUGCACACGAUCACUGGCGGAUGGGGUGAAUUGGGCAAUCCAUGGGUAGUAGCAGGCCAUGAGAUUGUCGGGACUGUAACUCACGUUGGAGAUGAUGUGAAAGAAUUCAAAGUCGGUCAAAGAGUCGGUGUUGGUGCUCAAGUCCUCAGUUGUAUGAAAUGCGAUAGAUGUGAAGCGGAUAACGAACAAUACUGUCCUGAACAAGUUGACACAUACAACGCCAAGUUCCCUGAUGAAGUAGAAGCUCAAGGUGGAUACUCUACUGCUAUUCGAACACAUCAAAGAUUCGUUUUCGCCAUUCCAGAAGCUAUCAAAUCUGAGGAAGCUGCGCCCAUGUUAUGUGCCGGAUUGACAGUAUUCUCCCCUUUGGUGAGGAACGGUACUGGUCCUGGGAAAACUGUUGGUAUCGUCGGUAUCGGUGGAUUAGGACACCUCGCAAUCCAGUUCGCCCAUCAUCUCGGAGCUAAAGUAAUUGUAUUCUCUCAUUCACCCGACAAGAAGGAAGAUGCCAUUUCACUCGGUGCGGACGAAUUCGUAGUCACCUCUGAAGAUGGUUUCGCCGAUAAAUACUUCGACAAAUUAGAUUACAUCUUAUCUGCAGCAGACGCCAAUAUGAUCCCAUUAGGAGAUUUACUUGGUACUUUGAAAGUCGAUGGUAGGAUGACUUCAGUCGGUUUACCUGACGAACCUUGGAAAGGAUUACAACCUCAAGCUAUGGCUUCAAACGCUUCGGCUUUAGGUGCGAGUCAUAUUGGUUCAAAGAAAGAAGUAAACCAAAUGCUCAAACUCGCCGCUGAAAAAGGAAUUAGACCUAUCAUCGAUCAAGUCCUUCCCAUGUCUCAAGCUGGAAAAGCUAUCGAGGCAGUCAAGAACAACGACGUUAGGUAUAGGUUCGUCCUCAAACAAGAUUUGGCUUAG